ACCACUUAACUCUCACAUCAACAGCCACAGAAAGAAAGAUGUCUGAAGUCGAAAUCCAAAAUAUCAGUAGUUUUCGUAAUAGUAUGGGCAUUUGGCCUCGGCCUUAUAUUUGAUGUUCCUACGGGGGAUGCACAACUACCGUGUCAACGACCAAACGGUUUUCACAACAUCAACAACGGACAAUUCCGUUGGUAUGGGAAGACGACUUCUUCACACAACUCCAGCUCUCAGUCCACCGACUCGGAAUCUGGAAGCGACAGUGAAGUGUGUCAAGCACCACAAUGGAUAUCGAGACGCAGAGGGAGUGGCGAACGCUCUCGGAGUUCAAUAAUCAAUGUUCCAGAUAUGACUGGGAAGACGAUUGAAUUCUUGGAGUCGAUUCGGUCUUCAAUGCCACCUACGAGUCUUCUGGUGGCUUGUGUUGGUGACUCGAAGACGGCAGUGAUUUUCUUGUCAGUGACGACAGGACGUCCAGGAAUCCUUCAGAAGAAUGCACUCGUAGCUUGUCUGGAAGAGCUUGAAAUGUGUGGAGUGAAUGUAGCCUACAUAGCUGUCUCGAAGUGUCAGUGUAGUGAACAGAGCGCCGUUACUCCUCUCCUGAAAACUUUGAUGUUCAUUGGUUUCGAGAUUUUGAACAAGGUGCCAUUUUCGUUGAUUGAUUUGUCAUCGGACUACCGUUUGUUGUUCACGAACUUGCAUGAAUAAUUGAAUUGAUGGAUGGACUAAUUGAUUUUGUGUCUGCAUUCCCCGUGUAUGCGUUAAUGUGUGUAUUCUUUUAAUUUGUUUUUAUUUCUGAAUAAAUAUAGAUUAAAUUAUUGUUUAUUUUCCAUGA